AUUACUUCGGAAAAGUCGCGUAAUUUAACACAGGCACCGAAGGAGAGGAGAAUCCAAGGAUAGGGGUUGGGGGAGGACCUUGACGAAUUCCCCAAGCUAAAAGACUAAGACAGUUUGUAAAGCUUGGCAUCUGAUUGGAGGAGGAAACACUUUUGUUUUUAAAUCCCUAAUUAAUGAACUUUCAGCAGUGCCUGAGAACUUGAAUUGGAAAAACUGCAAGAGAUUUGCCCCUUAUUUCUAAUUCCCCCCUUCCCCGAUUUUUAAGUAUCUGAGUGCUCUUGAAUAAAAAGGAAAUGGAAUGCGACUCGCCACUGUUUCUUAGAAAUGUCCUUGGGUCCCAGGAUUUGCCCCCCUUGGGGUGCUGGCGCCCUGGGUGGCGGUGGGUAGGGGUGAGGAGAAAGAGUGCAGCUCGUGUUGAAAGAGGGUGCCAGGUGCAAACGGCUAAAUGGUCACAGACUGUUUGCUGAAUAUUUAAUAAUUAGGCAAGCAUCUAUCUCCCAGGUCGAUUUCUUGGGUCUCCUUGACCUUGGCAGUCCUGGUGAGGUGAGAUUUUCACAAAGCAGCACUGAAGAAUUUUUCCAGUGAUAUAAGACAGAAAUCAUUGUGUUUUUUCUUUUCCUCCAGCGCUGUAAUGAACCUUAAAAACAAAACAAAAACUCCCUUUAGUAACUUAGUACAUUUUAUUUUCCAUUGCGGUAUAGAUGUUUGCCCACUAAAUUUACAGGAAGUCAAGUGUUCCAUGAGGUGGUUCAAAUCUUUAAAGAAUGGGUGUUUGUUUUCUUCCUGUCACUAUGAGGGAAUUACUGAUGGCACUUUUCACCGUGGAUUUUGAAUGUCCUGGGUGAUUGUAACUAAGCUAUGGUGAGGAGUAACAGUUGGAGAAAAAAUGAGAAGCGUGAGAGUUGAAAGAAAUGGAAAGUGGUCGCUGCUUUUAAAGACAAUAGCUUCUGUAUUUGCCACUUAUUCCCACGUUUAUUCCUCCAGUUAAUCUAUUUUAAGAAGGAGGAGACAGAUGUUAAAACCUUUUAAGGAUAAACACCAGUGGCUUUAGACCACCUUAGCAGUCAUGAGGCAGAUCACUGAAACAAUAAUCUCAAGCUCUAAGUAGAGUUCUGGAGUUAUCUGUAUUUUUCUAAAGUGUGAAGAGUCAGUUAUAGGAAGCCCUGAGCACAAAGGAGGAAUGGAGCAGACGCUGAUAAAGGAAGACAUGGUUCGUCUUAUUUCUCUUUGCUCACUUUGUGUCCAUUCUGAUCUUGUUCUUUGAUUCAGCAAGUAUGUGGUAAGUGCCUAUCUCAUGGCACCUGGCCCCAGGGCCUGAUUGUCUGUGGUUCUAAAGUUUUAGAUAUCUAAUGGCAUCUAAAGAUAAGUGUGGCCAAUUUAGCUAUGUUCUAAGAGCUUUUGCAUAUCUGGAAUUUAAAACAAAACAAAAACUUGUGUAUCAACUAAAUAUGUUCGUUAGCUUAAAAAUGGAAUGAUUCUCCUGGCUUCCCACCCAGUGCCUCUCUGAGCCUGGAAACACAAUCUUGCUGAGCUCUGGCUAGAAUCCAUUCCCAGCCCAGGGGCAGAGCAGGUAUGACCCUCGCUGCUCCUGGAAGUGCCCAGCCCUUGGUACCCCAAGAGCCCAAUGACUGUGCCUUUUGGAAUGAUCUCCAGUUUCCAAAUAACUGAAUACCAACCUCCCAGUAGCUGAGUUUCCUCCACCUAGACUGUUUCAGAUUCCCCUAGUUCAACAAUUUUUCCAGUAACCCUGAAUCUUGGACUCUUUUUUGGGUCUUGGUUGAAUAUUACCUAGCUCCUGCCUAUUUUUUUCUCCUCCUCCCUUGUUUGGUCAUUAGAUUGAUUAUCAGAUAGACUUUUUAGAGAUCUGGAAAAAAGCAGUUGAUAGACUCAUCCUAGAGGAGGGCCAGCCUCAAACCUUCGCCUGUCUACAGGUUGGACAGGUCACCCGAUAGUAGCCUUGCUUAGUCUGUUUACCACCUGAAUGCUAUUUAAGGGAAUAAAGUGAGAGUGAAAUAUUUUAUCUGCUCACACCCUUUUCACCUGAGAAUAUCAUGGUCCCACAGAGAUUAGAAUCUUCAGAAGGACUGUAUAUCAUCGGAAUGACUCUGUCUGAAAGCAUAUUUCACACACCCAUCAGGAAGAGAAGUUAAACUUCUAGAGAAACCUAAUGGACAAUCUCCACAACAGAUGGUAACAAAAAGUAAUCCAGAUGGGGUGCAGGUGCUGUAAAAUGAUACAAAGCUAUCUCUUUGAUCCAGUUCAAGUGCCCUCCCCUGGCUAUGUCAACGAAGUGAACAGCUGCAAGUUGGAUGAAGAUGACACUGUUAAAUUAAAAGGCAAGCAGAGCAGCGAAGUCCUGGUGCAUACAAACGACCUUCAGGGUGAGGGCUUGAAGAGGACGGCAAGCAGAAACAGAACAGCUGGUCCACAGGAGCCUUGGCCUCACCAAGGACUGCUCCCUCAGGAGGACACCGGAGGGGGACACUGUGCAGAGAAGACUGAUGGUGCCAUCAAUGGCAUUGGCCCUGUUGCUGCUUUGCCACCCACUGGGGAUCCUGGGCCCCACCAGGGUAACUGGGGCUCCUGGGCCAGUACCUCAAACAGCAUUCACCCAGCUCAACCCUUCCUUGAAGAAGGGGGCGCGGGGGAACAGAACUGUGUGCUGCCGGGCUCAGAGGAGACCAGAGUCAUCCAAAAUGGAGACUCCAGAGCUCCUUCCAAAGCAGAACACCCUGCCUUGGAAGUACAAGACCACGUCCUCCAGAUACCAGCCCCAGAUUACCCUCAACUUUGGGGCUCAGCUGUAGACAACGUUGAUCAUGAAGAGAAAGAUUAUCUUUUCCAGAGCCAUACUGAGGAGGAGCCCCAGGAGGAAACCCACCCCAGCGUGGGGGAGCACGGUUCGAACAUGCCCUUCUCCAGGAAGAGAAGCUGGGAUUCCUUAAAUGAGGCCGUGGCAACGGAAGUUUUAAGUGUCUACUUUAAAGAAGAGGAUCCUGCUCAGCCCGUGCCUGUGGUCGAUUCGAGAAACAGGUGGGAGGACGACCUUGGCUCCACUGGAGACGGGAGUGGGGAGAUGGCAGACGAGGACGCGGCAGUGGCGGAAGCCCUGGCGGCUUUAGAAGCGGCGACUGCAGGAGAAGAUGUGGAUGAGGCAGAUUAGGGGAGGGGAUCUGUACAGGCAAAUAAGCUAGUGUCCUGUGGGCACGUGGGGUACAUUGCUCCUUAGACGCAGCACUGAUACUCUGCAGCCUGCCCUGGUGCAGCCUGACGGUUGUUUACAUGCAGCCUCUGUCCGGAUGCGUGGGAGCGCCUGCGCCACUUGUUCAUAUGGAGAGCAGCUCUGUGCACCGGGCUGUCUCUCAGGACACCAGAUUAAAAGUCAGAGGGGGCCAUUAUGCCGGUGUCCACAGCACGUGCAGAAAUUAAACAGCCUGCUCGCCAACUCGCAGAGCUCCCCCAGCACGUCUGCGCCAUCUGGAGCAGGCGCUGAAAUCCCAGGGCAUAAUCGCAAAGGCGCAGACUCACGGAACAUUCUGUUUGACUGUAAAUUCUUUAUUUUGCUUUUGAGAGCCAAACGUUGUGCCCAGCCUGGAAAAGGUAACUAUACACCCAUUUAAAGUGCCUAAUGUGUCCUCCUCAGAGCAUGGCUUACCUUCAGGGACAAUCACCCAGGGAACUAAUAACUAACCACUUGUUUGACCCAGGGUUCAGGUCAGCAGCUUUCAGGGUGGAGCAGAAGCCACCAGUAAACAAAUGGUUAGUCAUUAGCUGUGACAUUAAGACACCUUGACCUUAACUUUUUUUAUGUUAUUACUUUUUAAUCUCCUUUGAGAUUGGGGAGACCAGUCAAAAUCAUUCUUAAAACUGCUUGUGUCAUAUUUGGGUCUUAAGUGGAUGAGAUUUGGAACAGCCAAGAGAUCUAUGGAGUGUUUUUUGCCAUUUAAUGUCUGAUUCUGAUUAAAAUAUAACAGUAUAUAUGGCUGUCUGUCUGUCUUAA